AUGGCAGCACUAACUAAAGGAGUUUUCAUUGUAGCGGCCAAGCGUACCGCUUUCGGCACCUUCGGUGGAGCUUUCAAGAACACCAAUGCAACGCAGCUGCAAACGGUUGCGGCUAAGGCAGCCCUCGAUGCGGCCGGUCUCAAGCCGGAUCAAGUUGAUUCCGUCAACAUCGGCCAAGUGUUGGUGCUUUCGUCGACCGAUGGUGCUUUUCUACCCCGGCACGUGUCACUCGGCUGUGGCAUUCCGAUCGAGCGGCCAGCUCUCGGCGUGAAUCGUCUGUGCGGUUCCGGGUUCCAGGCGGUGGUUAAUGGAGCACAAGACAUACUUGUGGGUUCGGCACACAUCUCGCUCACCGGCGGAGUUGACAAUAUGUCCCAGACUCCGUACACGCUACGAAACAGUCGUUUCGGUAUUCCGUUAGGCACAAGCCCUGCGUUGGAAGAUGCACUAUGGACCGGUCUGACUGACUCUUACUGCAAGCUUCCGAUGGCACUGACGGCCGAAAAUCUCGCCGAAAAGCACAAGAUUCCUCGUGAGAAGGUGGACGAGUUUGCUUACCGUUCGCAGCAGCUUUGGAAAAAGGCAAAUGAUGAGGGUGUAUUUAAGACGGAAAUAACUCCGUUCAAGCUAAAGGUUAAGGGAAAGGAGGUUAAUUUUGCCGUCGAUGAACAUCCGCGUCCACAGACCACACUGGAAGGAUUGACGAAGCUUCCAUCGCUGUUCAAAAAGAAUGGUGCCGUUACUGCAGGAACUGCUUCGGGUAUUUGUGAUGGUGCGGCGGCAGUUGUGGUCGCUUCGGAGGAAGCGAUCAAAAAACACAACCUAACACCGUUGGCACGAUUGGUAGCGUACAGUACGGUCGGUGUGCCACCGGAGAUUAUGGGCAUUGGCCCAGUACCAGCUAUUCGCAACGUGCUGAACGUGGCCGGCCUCAAAAUGGAUGAUGUGGAUCUGUUCGAGAUCAAUGAGGCGUUCGGCGUGCAGACGUUGGCUUGCGCGCAGGAACUCGGCCUCGACAUCAACAAACUCAAUCUAAAUGGUGGUGCAAUCGCACUGGGUCAUCCACUUGGCGCUUCCGGAUCGCGUAUUACUGGCCAUCUAGUGCAUGAGUUGAAACGAAAGAACCUCAAACGGGCCGUCGGAUCGGCAUGCAUUGGAGGAGGGCAGGGCAUUGCACUGCUGCUGGAAGCUGUUUAG